AUGGAUGAUGAUGCUCCAAAGCGGAUUAGUAAGAGGAAUGGUUCAAACAUCAAGAACUACCAUCAUUAUCGCGUUGAAAUAUUUUGUCAGGUCGUCGACUUACUUACACAAGAGAUGGAAAAUCGUUUCUCUGAGGCAUCCACGGACUUGCUAAGUUUUGAGCUAGGAGGCUUGGAUAAGCUUGUUCAUCUUGCUACUCUUUACCCAAAAGACUUCACAUCGACUCAACAUACUGAAUUGUUUAAACAACUUGAAACUUUUGUUGUUGUUGUGAGAAGAGAUGCACGAUUGAAUGGUAUUGAAGAUUUGGCUAGCCUAUCUCAGAAGAUUGUUGAAACCAAGAAAGAUAAAGUUUUUCCGUUGGUUUAUCGUCUGAUUGAGUUGGUAUUGAUCUUACCUGUAGCGACUGCAUCUGUUGAAAGAGUAUUUUCAGCAAUGAAAUUUGUCAAGACUAACUUGCAGAAUAGGAUGGGAGAUGAGUGGUUGAAUGACAGUUUGGUAGUAUACAAUGAAAGAUCCAUCUUUGCUAGUGUUUCUAAUGAAAGAAUCUUGAAACGUUUUCAAGAUAUGGAUACCCGUAGAAAUCAGUUGUCUCAGUUAACAGAUGCUAGAGCUACUUGA